CUCUCUCUCUCUCUCUCUCUCUAAGGACACUCACUUUGGCAGUUCACUCUCUUUUCUACUAUUCAGAGGUUCUGGUUUCUUCCUUUUUUUGCCCUUUAGUAUUAUCUGAUAAUGUAAAACCCGAAAAAAGCUCUCAAUUUGCUCAACUGUCCAGCUUCAACACCGUUCACAAAUGGCUUUUUACAGGGCCUUAGUUCUCUUUGUUGUCGACGUUGUCUUGCUUCUUGAGUUCUGUUUUGCUGAAGAUCCGUCUGCUUUCUAUAACUUUGAGGUUUCUUACAUCACGGCUUCUCCUCUUGGUGUUCCUCAACAGGUUAUUGCUGUUAAUGGAAAGUUUCCUGGUCCGACUAUAAAUGUGACUACUAAUAACAAUGUUGUUGUCAAUGUCAGAAACAAACUAGAUGAGAGUCUACUUAUGCACUGGUCUGGUGUUCAACAGAGGCGCAGUUCCUGGCAAGAUGGAGUUUUGGGCACAAAUUGUCCCAUUCCUCCUAAGUGGAACUGGACUUACCAGUUUCAGGUCAAGGACCAAAUUGGGAGUUUCUUCUACUUCCCAUCUCUCCAUUUUCAGAGAGCUUCAGGUGGCUAUGGCAGCUUUAUAAUAAAUAACCGUGCUAUUAUUCCAAUUCCUUUUGCAACUCCAGAUGGGGAUAUUACCAUUUUGAUUGGUGAUUGGUACACACGCAACCACACGGCUUUGAGGAAGGCACUUGAUGCAGGGAAAGAUCUGGGAAUGCCUGAUGGAGUUGUAAUUAAUGGAAAAGGCCCUUACCAAUAUAACACUACCCUUGUUCCUGAUGGCAUUGAUUAUGAGACAAUUGAAGUCCACCCAGGAAAAACUUAUCGCCUUCGUGUACACAACGUUGGAAUAUCAACAUCUCUGAAUUUCAGGAUCCAAAACCACAAUCUUCUUCUAGCAGAGACUGAGGGAUCAUAUACAGUGCAACAGAAUUACACUAGCUUAGACAUACAUGUAGGACAAUCUUAUUCUUUCUUAGUUACCAUGGAUCAGAAUGCAAGUUCUGAUUACUACAUCGUAGCAAGUGCCAGAUUUGUGAAUGAGUCACAAUGGAAAAGAGUUACUGGUGUUGCCAUCUUGCGUUAUACGAAUUCUAAAGGAAAGGCACAUGGUCCCCUUCCUGAUGCACCAAAUGAUGAGUUUGACAAAACCUUCUCCAUGAACCAAGCAAGAUCUAUAAGAUGGAAUGUAUCUGCCAGUGGUGCCCGCCCCAACCCUCAGGGUUCUUUUAGAUAUGGUUCAAUCAAUGUGACUGAAGUUUAUGUGUUGAAAAACAAGCCACCAGAAAUGAUUGGUGGGAAACGGCGGGCAACUCUCAGUGGAAUAUCAUAUGUCAACCCUUCCACACCAAUCAGGCUUGCUGACCAGUUCAGACUGAAGGGAGUGUAUAAGCUUAAUUUCCCCACUACGCCACUUACAGAAGCACCUCGAAUGGAAACAUCAGUAAUCAAUGGUACAUAUCGAGGAUUUAUGGAAGUCAUCCUACAGAACAAUGACACGAAGAUGCAUACCUAUCACCUUAAUGGAUAUGCAUUUUUUGUAGUUGGGAUGGAUUAUGGUGACUGGACAGAGAAUAGUAGGGGCACAUAUAACAAGUGGGAUGGUAUUGCCCGCACCACAACACAGGUUUAUCCUGGAGCAUGGACUGCAGUCUUGGUAUCACUCGACAACGUUGGAGUCUGGAAUCUGAGAACAGAAAACCUUGACUCAUGGUAUCUUGGCCAGGAAACUUAUGUCAGAAUUAUCAAUCCGGAGGCUACAAACAAGACUGAGCUGCCCAUCCCAGACAAUGCGCUCUUUUGUGGUGCUCUAAGUCAUAUGCAAAAGCCACAAGAUAUCUCUGCUGCCAGGAUAAUUACGGGCAAUGGAUCAAAGCUGCUAUUUGCACUGCUGAUGAUCAUAACUGCUAUGGUUUCCCCUUUCUGCUAAGCAUUUUUCCUUUAGGAUGUGUGCUUGCGUUUGUCAUAGGCAUCUUAGUUUUGUGGUUGUGUGAGUGUUUAGGUGUGUAAUUCUACUAUUCUUCAGUGACUUUGACAUGUAUUUUUAUUUUAUUUUUAUGUCCAAAAGGUUUCAUGUUUGAUUUAUUGGGAUCUGUCAUUCUUUAAUUACAUACCUUAUUGUACCGAUGACAUUCCAUCAAAUGCUCAAUACAAAUUUUCCCA